UGUUUGUAAAGACUUACUUAUUUGUAAAUUCAAAUAACAAUUGGACAAUGCAGUCGGUUGUGACCUUCGAGAAACCAUUGCCUCAUUUAAGUUUACCGGAUUGGGAUGCUCGUCUCUACGGGUUAAAGGUGACAGCAGAUACUCGAAGAGCAGACGCUUUCGAUUUUCGUCACAGCGCCCACCAGCUUAGGAAUGAGACCGGGAUCAAGACUGAUUGGGACAGCUACCAUAAUAACAACCGUCUUAGAGCCAGGGUAUACGAGAUAGAUCAAUGGCGAUCAACUCUUCAAGAACUUCUAGAUCGUAUAGACAGAGAGAUGAGUGCGCUGAAGGAGGAAAAGGCAUCUACGGAAAGAGAGUUGGAACAGCUGAACUUGCCUCUUUUAGUUUGUUCCGAAUGUCUUUCCAACAGAGAUGGCAGGAGAAGCACGGAGUUAACUUAUGAUCUUGCCGACACUGAAUUAAAGAAGGAACUGUGUGUAACAGAGAGUAAUAAAAAGAUGCUGAUCGAUCGGUGUCAGUCAGCUUGGGAGAAAAUUAACAAACUAGAGGUUGUAAAGUUUAAGCUCCAGCUGGACCUAAACGAUAAGAACGAGGCUCUCCAAAUUGACAAGGACAUGCUCGGUCUGGAUAAAGAUUGCGCUAACAUUACGUAUAAGACGGAUUCUCUCAAAACCCCAAAAAGAAUGAUAACCUACGAUCAAUGGCUAGACCGAUGCGAAGCCACUAAAAAAAUGGCAGUAGAUGAACUUCAAGAAACUCUAAGCCUCCGAGAGUCGCUCUUUGUAGCUAGAGGCCGCGCUAGGAACCUCCUGCAAGCUCAAAAGGACGCCACUAAUUACAUGUUGCGUAGGCGUAUCUAUGAUACGCAACGGGCUAGGAAUGAAUUAGAUUGGCAGAAACUAAAGAUGGAAGAAAAUAUGGACAAGCUUGCCACAGAACUAAAAGUAAUAGGGGAGCAAUUUACCGACAAGGUAAACGCUUUGAAAGUGGCCGAGACCCGCCUGGAGACUCGAGGGUACCGACCAGGCUCCGAGCUGGCUGCAGACGAGGCGGAUAUCGGGUUGAAAGAGGAAGUGCGCAAUCUAAGGGAAACCAUCAGGCAGUUGCAGGAAAAACUCGACUGUGGCAAGGCUACGUACAACGCUCUCGAGGCAACUUCUAUCAAAAUUGCUAUGGAUCUGGCUGACAAGAACCAGUCUUUGGAGACGGACACUCGCGCCCUGGAAAUGAGGGCGGCCCUGGAGCCCAAGAAACCUACUGGCACCGACAAGAACCUGGUUCUCGCCAGCAUGGCUGAUGAAGUUCCCAAAACAGAACUUUAACAGGAUGAUCUAAAAUUCACCUAGAACACAAUUUUGGAUUAUUUUUUGAUAUCUCUUG